GAGAUAUCCGCUAGCGUUCCAUAGCAGACUACAAACGUUGUGCACCUUCUCGGACGUUCACAAGAAAAUGCUUGAUUAUGCCUCUGUCAAGGAAGGCGCACAGAUAGUGCUUUCCACGUCCAGCGAUGAAAAUCAUCCGCCAGAAAAUAUUAUCGAUGGACUUGACGAAACUUUCUGGGCCACAACUGGUUUGUAUCCACAAGAAGUGAUCAUUCGCUUCAAGUCUCCCAUUAACAUCUCAAGCGUAGCGAUUUCGUGCUUCAAUGUUCAAAAGAUUGCGCUGGAAGGAAGUGAACAGGAUAAUUCAGACAAGUUUGUGCUUCUGUCAGAGCAAGAGUUUGACAGGGAUGACCAUCACAAACAGAAUGAGGAGAUAAGAGUUGAAGGAAACAAACAAGUUCACUGCUUGCGCUUACUCAUCACCUCUGGUUAUGACCAUUUUGUGGCUGUCUACAAUGUUAAAGUAAAUGGACGGGGUUAACCAUUGCAGGAGAUGUUUUUUUUUGCAUAUUUUGGAAAAAAUGUGCAAUAAUUUAAAACUAUUUUUGGAUUAUCACUAGCACAUCAUCAUUGUAAAUAAUUCAGAGCUAUUUUUGUCACAUAUAUGAUGUUUCAAAAAGGAAGGCAAAAUGUGAAGAUCGGCUUCACUGGCUAAUAUUCGAGGGUGGUCAUUGAUGCUGCAGUAGAAUGAAAUUUUGGCUUUGCAGUGCUGUCAUCAUUUUUACAUGUGGACCAUUGGCAUAUCAUUUUGUACUUGAGAAGUAACAGAGAUUUUCUUAUGCUGAGAAGACUUUACACACCCUUGACAAAUAUCAGAAAGUUUAGUCUUUGGCUUAGCAAAAGUUUACACUUGUAAAAGCCAACUAUGAAAUUAAGACCUGGAGUGUGUGACAGUGGCAGUGACUCAAACAUUGUGGUAUUGUUUCAGUCAAGAAAGGCCCGGAUUCAAAGUCACAGUUUCACAUAAAUGCAGUGAUCAUACACCAGCAUGAUUUCCAAGCGUGCAUGUAUUUUAUUUUUUAUAAAAGAUCAGUUUUAUUUCUCCAUCUAUGAGUAGAUUUUCUAAAACAGAAAUUUUCAAUUGACUUCUAUAUGUUUGUCUCCUGUAAUAUAUAUGCUAUUAUUCAGUCCGUCCACAAAAUAUGUGAUACAAUGGCUUGUCGAAGGCACAAAUGUGCAGACAGGUUUAUCUGAUAUAAAUAUAGAUUACUGACAGUUAUAACAAAGGCUUCAAUGGGUCUGUACUGUAACGGACAAUUGCAAAGACCUUUAAACAUUCCAUCAAGUUGUAAUAAAUUUAUAAAAAAUGUUUAUUUAUAGGAAUUAUUGAAAGUUGUCUUUAAGAAAUAAAUAUUUUAAGCUUUUGUUUCAUGA